AUGAUUUACAACAUUCAGAGCAAAGAGGAUCUGGAUAAACAUCUAUCAGCAGCCACUAACAAAUUGGUGGUGCUCGAUUUCUAUGCCACCUGGUGUGGUCCUUGCAAACUAAUAGCACCACAAUUGGAAGAACUUUCAACGCUUUACUCCAAAGAUGUUGUGGUACUAAAAAUAAAUGUAGACGAUUGUGAAGAAAUUGCAAUGGACUAUAACGUGAGCAGUAUGCCAACAUUUGUGUUUAUGAAAAAUCACGAGAUUAUGGAUACAAUUGUGGGUGGAGAUUCGGAGAAUCUAACAAAGGCAGUAGAAAAAUAUCUGCCCAACGAUACUCGCAUUAAUACAAAUAAUCAGGCAAUAUCACUAAAUCAAGAUGAGAACUAA